CAGACGCACAAACACCACUGACAGGCACUGCUGCGCCAUCAUCAGCCCCCAAAACCUCUCCAGGGAUCCGCUGCUGCUGCCGCCGCUGCCGAUUUCCACACUACGGUUUUUUUGAAAACAUAACUUCUUUUUGUAAGCCUGGAUAAGUUUGUUUGGCCACUCUUAGCGACUUGUUUUUGGUGGAAGGGCGUUUUGUUAUUCGCCGCUUUUCCUUUUUCUCCAGCGCAGCACUUGGUAGAAUAAAAUGACCCAUGCAAGGUGUAGAAAUCCCCCGCAGGUACGGACGGAGCUGAGGAGGUUGUGAUCGUUGGAGCAGCAGGAUUGGGAUUGUGGGGAAACUUGGCUAUAGGUGCGCGAAGGAUAUUUUUUGAGCGAGGGGAUUUUUGUUUUUGGAGAGGUUGAAUUUUCUGAAUCCUCUCCACGCCUGGCACCGAUUUACGGAGACGUUGCGGGAUUUCGGGGAGCGGAGGAGACUGAAAAAUAAUCUUCUGGAUAAUUCCCCCCCAACAAGGAAACACCUAAUGUUGCACUCCGUGACUCUGUUGCAGCUCUCCAGUGAUCUAUCCUUACACUGGGAUUCAAUCUCCUACUUACCGCCGGAGUUGUGUGCGUAAAGGACGCGCAGGGGAGCGAAAGCAAGAGAGAGGGGGGCGAUUUCGCCAACCUUUCCCGGGGCUCUAAAUCUGUGCAAGCAGGUGUACUUCAGGUGUAUUUCUGCGAGUCAAGAUGUCUGUGCUGCCUUCGAGGUUCAUAUACCUGUGUUUACAUUUUCUGGUACUCUAUUUCCAGCUACAGGAAUCCCAGCAGACCUCUGCUGAUUUCAGGUUUUACAUCGAGAACCACACGAGGAACCCGGACGACCUGAGCCGGAAGCAGGUCCGGAUCUAUCAGCUCUACAGCAGAACCACGGGGAAACACGUCCAGAUCUUGGGGAAGAAAGUCAACGCCAACGGAGAUGAUGGGGGCAAGUAUGCUCUCCUUGUUGUCGAGACAGAAACCUUCGGGAGCCACAUUCGAAUAAAAGGAAAAGAGAGCGAACACUACAUUUGCAUGAACGAGAAGGGCAAAAUAGUCGGAAGGCCCGAUGGAAGGAAGCAGGAGUGCGUCUUUGUCGAGGAAUUCCUGGAGAACAACUACACAGCUCUUGUGUCGGCCAAGUACAAAGGAUGGUACCUGGGCUUCAACAGGAAGGGGCGGCCCAAGAAAGGCUCGCGGACCACGCAGAGGCAACAGGAAGUCCACUUCAUGAAGCGCCAGCCGAAGGGCAGGCCGGACCCGCUGGAGGAGUUUCGUUUCACCACAGUGACUAAGCGGACACGAAGGGCUCGGCGAUUAAAACCCAACCCCAAGAGGAACUGAUGGGACCAAUGGGACAGCACUAAUUUUCCUCGGGGAAAAAAAAAAAAAAAAAGAAAUACUGUAACUGAAAAUCUCAAGCUUCUUGUCUUAAAAGAAUCACCUUAAAGACUUCACUUCUGUAAAAGAGACAGACAAAAAGAACAAAAAAAAAAAAAGUCAAAGAUGUUUUAUUUUUGUAUUUCAGGAUGACUGAAUAUUUCCUAACUCUUGGAUUCUUCUGGGUUGAUGUCAUUGUGCUAACGUGUCUGUCAUGUUAUUUAUACUGGAUAAACUAAAGGACCUCUGAGAGAAUUCCUGUCGCCGUCGUCCUCAGCUACGUUUGAACUGCAAGCUGAAGGCCCACUUUCUUUUUGACAAUGGGGGCUGAAGCAGGAGCUGACGCAAUGUUAUAAAAAUCAGCCAACUAGAGAUUUAUUGGAAUACCUGUCGGUUUUUGUUUGUGUUGCCCCUGACAACGCGGAUCCCAUACUUUCCACUGGAAUCAGACACCAUGGAGAUGAAACGGAGAGAGGUGGCAGUCACAGGUGACACUGCCGGGAUAACUGUGUAGCUUUGAGUGCAAUAUUUUACAGGUCUCUCUCUUUCUCUUCCUCUUUUUUUUUUUUUUUUUUUUCCAUACGUCUCUCAACCUCAGCUCCACUCGUGGCUCCUGGAAUGCGCUGAACCCUCCGAGUACUGUGUGUGAUUUCCUUGACAUUUCCAUGCAGCCUGUGAUUCAGCUAAAACACGACAUGCUUUGACUAGUCGGGCACCAGCCGUGGCUUUAGUCUUGUUUAAACACCUAAAAAGAAAACAAUACAAACAAAAAAAAUUACCCCUGAUGUGAUUCAUAAUUCCACAAUGUCUUCCAACUUCAUCACGUUUGGGAGACGGAUGUUAAUCCCUCUCGUCUCUCCCCCUUGGAUUUUUAACAGCUCUUUCUCACAUGUGUUAAAGUUGUUCCAGAAAAGGAUGCCUUGAUUCUUUGAGUGUGAGCUAGCUAAUAUUUUGGGGCUGGUGAUGAAGACUUCCUCUACCUCCUUGUUCUUUUUUGUUUAUCUUCACCUAGUCUGACUGUCUGUGUUCAGUUAAUCUCAAGAACCUUUCAGUUGACGCUGAGCUGAACUGAGCUCCUCUUCUUUUUUUUCUCCUCCCUUCCAAAAUCAUCUUUCGACUGUGAGCUCAUCUUCGCUCCUUUCACUCUCACUGGAUGAAAGUUUCAAAGAUGCUUUUGGGAAAGCUUAUCCCUGUGCUUGUUUUGUCAGAUCAGUGAUCCACACACAGGAAUACCGGAGCUCUGAACACCCCUGAUCACUUCACAAAUCCACAUUUGACAAUUAAGACUUCUCCCGAGAAACCCAGAUGACCCAACAUGUCCGGGAUUAUGGUGACAUUUCCGGCGACUUGUGGUCGAGUCUGACUCGCAAAGGGGAAAGUCUGUGCUUCUAUCAUUCCUUCUCUCACUGACGACAAGCCUCUUUUCACCAGUAGUAUGUAUUCACCUGUCUGCUGGCAGGUUUUUGUAUGAGUCGCUACUAACAACAUGACACAUUUAUGAUUUUUUUUUUUUUAAACAAAUGUAAGCAAAAAUAAUUUUAUGACUAUUAUUAAGAUAUUUAUUGCCUCCCUUUGUAAAUAAAAUGUGAUGAGUUUUAUUUGGCCUCUGUUAA